AAAAUGUAGCAAGUGUGCACAGGGAUCUGAUAGAACAGCGUUGUAUAUUUGUGACACACAGCAACUGUUACCUUAAAAUUACUGUUGGUUACAUACAUAUUUAGUUUAUUAAUAAUAAUAAUAAUAAUAAUAAUAAUAAUAAUAAUAAAUACAACAUGGUUGACGCAUUCUGUGCCACUUGGAAAUUGGUUGACAGUCAGAAUUUUGAUGAGUACAUGAAAGCCCUAGGUGUCGGUCUUCCAAUAAGGAAAGUUGGAAAUGUUACUAAACCAACUAUCAUCAUCAGCCAAGAGGGCGAUAAGAUUGUGGUGAAAACACAGAGUACUUUCAAGAACACAGAAAUAUCCUUCGAACUUGGAGUCGAGUUUGAUGAAAAUACUCCAGACGGCAGGAACUGCAAAUCCACUGUGCGCCAGGAUGGAGACAAACUUGUCCAUGUGCAGAAAUGGGACGGCAAGGAGACCAAGUUUAUUAGAGAGAUCAAGGAUGGUAAAAUGGUCAUGACUCUCAUUUUUGGUAAUGCCCAGGCUGUCCGAACAUAUGAGAAGGCAUGAUUUCUGCUACGAACCCAACAUCUCCAGAGUCUGUUUCAGUGAAAUCUGUUGGAAAAUAAUAUGUUUUUAUAAGCUAAAUUAUAUAUAUAUAUAUAUAAUAUAUAUAUAUAUAUAUAUAUAUAAUAUUAAAUGACCUGAAGCAGUUUUAUAUGACAUUAUCUUUUGUGAACCUGUGCAAAACAGACUGAAAUAAAUGUCUUGAAAGUCCA